GAGCUGCUGAGCGGAGGAUAAAAUGUUGGUAAGCGAUGCUUGUAGAGGCUUUGGUGCAAAAAACCUCGAAGAGUCAAAGGUGCAAACUCCAGAAAAGGACAAGCAAAUUUAGAGUCACUGAGCUCUCCACAUCAUUCCACCUUUGAAGGUGGAUUUAGAACUAACUGCUUCAAACUCUCAUUUGUUGCCAGGCUUUCAUUCAGUGGACUUCAAUUGGAUCCAUUUGAAGGUCACCGAAUCCAAUGCUGAUGAGUGUAUCUCCAUCCUAACACCACAUCCAUCCCACCUUGGCAUUUUCUGGGGGUACGCGUAAACACUGAGAUUAAAAAAAAAAAAAAAUGAGACACGUGUCAUCAAACCGGCCAAGGGGUGUGUCCCGGCUGCCGCCACUGCUCCUCUUGCUGCUUUCGCUUGCCCAGAGGGCCGCUUCCAUGGCGAUGCCACACAACUCCACGGGCUGGCAGCAGAUUCUGGACAAGUACUUGGACGAGGAUGGCGAGUGGUGGGAGGCCAAGCAGAGGGGGAGGAGGGCCAUCGCUGACAGUGACGCCCAGCUCAUACUGGACCUGCACAACAAGCUCCGAGGUCAGGUGUACCCGCAAGCCUCCAACAUAGAGUACAUGGAAUGGGACACCGCGCUGGAGCGUACGGCGGAGGAGUGGGCCGAGACGUGUCUGUGGGAGCAUGGUCCCGCAGGCUUGCUGCCACAGAUUGGACAGAAUCUGGGCGCCCACUGGGGGAGGUAUCGCCCCCCCACCUUCCACGUUCAAGCCUGGUAUGAUGAAGUGAAAGACUUCUCUUUUCCUUACCCCCAGGAGUGUAACCCUUACUGCCCAUUCCGAUGCUCUGGUCCCGUUUGCACGCAUUAUACACAGUUGGUGUGGGCCACCAGCAGUCGCAUUGGCUGCGCGGUCAACUUGUGCCACAACAUGAGUGUGUGGGGACAGAUUUGGGCCAAGGCUGUGUACCUUGUGUGCAACUAUUCGCCAAAGGGGAACUGGUGGGGCCAUGCACCUUACAAACACGGGGCGCCUUGUUCCGCUUGUCCUCCUAGCUAUGGAGGCGGCUGCAAGGACAACCUUUGUUAUAAAGGUCAUGAUAGCCACUUCCCUCCGGAAGAAACCGAGGAAAACAAUUUUAUCGAGCCAGAGGCUACAGAGAGUAUCCGGUCCCGGGUUUCGAAACCCGAGACUGCCGGUGUUCCCGCUCCCGCCACCAAGCCCCCCACUGUUAACCCGCUAAAGAAUGAAGUGGCCAACACGCAGCAGAUGUCCCAGUUCGUGACUUGUGACACCAAGCUUCGAGAUCAGUGUAAAGGAACUACGUGUAAUAGAUAUGAAUGCCCCGCAGGAUGUUUAGAUUCUACAGGGAAAGUUGUUGGGACAGUUUACUAUGAAAUGCAAUCUAGCGUGUGCCGGGCCGGUCUACACGCUGGUGUCAUCGAUAAUGACGGAGGAUGGAUGGAUGUAACGAGACAGGGAAGAAAGGACUUUUUCAUUAAGUCCAACAAGAAUGGAGUCCAGUCACUCGGGAAAUACCAGAGUGCUAAUUCUUUCAUGGUAUCCAGAGUAGCAGUUAAAGCGAUCACAUGUGAAACCACAGUGGCACAACUGUGUCCUUACCAAAGGCCUUCAAAACAUUGCCCACGGUUAUACUGCCCAAGGAACUGUUUAGAGGUGAACCCGCAGAUAUCCAGAGUAAUCGGUACCAGGAUAUACUCUGAUAAAUCCAGUAUUUGUCGUGCCGCUGUCCAUGCCGGGGUGAUCAGGAACAACGCGGGCGGAUACAUCGACGUCAUGCUGGCGGACAAACGGAAACUCUAUAUCGCCUCUAACCAAAAUGGCGUUGACUCGGAAAGUCUUCAGAAUCCUCCCGGAGGGAAGGCGUUCCGGGUAUUCGCCGUCAUUUGAGCGACUGACUCCGCCCGCCAUCAAUAACAUGCGACAUGCCCAAAUGGAGCUCACUCUAGCUUGUGAAUAAGGUGCUAAUCAAAGCCUGAAAUGUUUUCUUGCCUUUGCUAUACUGGCAGGGUAUUAGAGGUUGUUGCCAUGACAAACACUUGACACAUACGUAUAUGAGGAGAAUCUGUGUGCACACAGCAGCCACAGGAUUUGGUCAGCUUUUGAGGGAAAUUAUUUUAAAGUGUAAAGAUAUGAAUGGAUGAAUGGUUUGCUCAAUUUGUUUCAUGUUUGUUUUAUUUUUUGUGCCUUUUUAACAACUAUCUGUAGGUUGAGUUUAUUUUUUAUGAAACAAUUCACCAAAUAUAUAAUUAAAUAAAAAUGUAUGAUAUAUAAUUUUAGUGGCACAUAUCAUUUUACUUGUCCGGCACAUUUUUACUCGUGAUUUUUAAAAAAAGUUUGUGCCAGAUGUGUUAGUUUGUUAAAAAUGUAUGAGGGGAAAAAAUGUAAUCAUUUUAUUUUUAUAUGGUCAUGCUAUUGAUUUCUUCAGUAUGGUGUAUAAAGAAUGCUGCUUUAUGUUAUAUAUAUAUCUUAAAAAGCACUUGUCCUGCUGGCAUAGGACAACCUUCAGACUGUUUUAUUCAAAACCUAAACAUAUUUGACAUUAUUUUUGUCUGAAUAUUUUAUCCCCGCCCAUCCAAAAAGCUAUUUUGCCGUCAAAUCUGUAACACUGAUUAUGUAACACUUUGUCCUAUGCAGUAUAUUGCCUACCUCAGGUUAUUGCAAUUUUACAAUAAAAUAUUACAACUCUUCA